UGCCUCGCGCUGAGCUGCAGACCGGCGCAUCACCCACUCGCCUGAGCUACGAACAGUAAUGAUAAGGAUAAGCUGCCUGAGGGGCACAGUCGGCUCUGCCUUGUACAUGUAGCACCGACGGGCUACACGUUGGACUUGAAACACAUUUCUAACUACUGCUACGGAGUUCGGAACCCGGUUGCGUAUCGUCGGAGUUACGAUCUGCCCACUUCAGAUCACGCAGUGUGUCCCUCCAUUACCGGCCACCGUGAAGAUAUUUCCAUUCCCGUUCAACCGCGUGCCGCUGACAAGAGUAUCAGAAUGUUACUUUGAAAGUAUCAGAGAUGAUUCUCGAAGUUUUCUAUAGACUCUCAUGGUUGAUUCGAAAUUGGUAGCUGUAUUCCUUGCUACGUUACAUAAGAGCAAUUAAUUAUAUGUGCUAUAUUAAGCAAUGACCUAUAAAUGAAGUGUGCAAUACAAUUUACAAAUUCUGAAAUUUCCGAUUUAAACCUACAUUUUGGGGGUUACUUCUUCCGAAACAAAUAUUUUGUCGGAACGUUCUACUGCUGUAACCUAGUAGUCUUCGAGGAAUAACAGUAGUCACUAAAUUACAUAUUUUGGCCCAACUGUAUGAAUGUUAUAAAACGAGAUAAAGUGAAGUCAGUUCUCUAUAAGCCCUUAGGAUCACUAAAUGUUACAAAAUAAGCAAUACACGGUUUAGAAUUGCAACAGUAUAAGUUAUUAGCUCUGACCGUCAUCACUUUAUGAGGUGGAAUGGAUAAGAAUCACCGUUUCAACGUGAAGAAAGUUUUAGAAACUAGUGCUCUUCCAGGCGUCUCCAAAAUGAAGGCUUCUACCGACGGCAAUAUUCCGGAUUUAGACCAGGGAAACGUCACGUAUCCCGUUGUCAGCAGCGACCCAAAGAUCCGCCGCAAUUCUCUAGCUCAGCUCACCCGAGAGGCUCUGCCCCGCGUGGAUCAUUACCGAAAUUGCAUUGAGGCCACAAAGAGACCGUCCUUGGGAGAGCUGUACGGCGAACCAAGUGGAGUAAAGGAUGGCGAUAUCGAAUCUCGGAGACCUGAAGAGACGGGCGGAAAUCAUGGCAUCAAACUGGGCUGGAUCCAAGGGGUGCUCAUCCCCUGCCUCCUUAAUAUUUGGGGCGUUAUGCUGUUCUUGCGCUUGUCCUGGGUUGUGGCACAGUCCGGAAUAAUUCAAUCUCUCAUCAUUAUCGGUAUAUCGACUGUUGUCUGCGUGUUGACUACACUGUCUCUCUCAGCCAUCUGCACCAAUGGAGAAGUUAAAGGAGGUGGUGUGUACUACAUCAUCUCGCGGUCACUGGGUCCAGAAUUUGGGGCUUCUAUCGGCAUUGUGUUUGCAUUUGCGAAUACUGUAGCGGCGUCGAUGAACACCAUUGGAUUCUGCGACUCUCUUAAUGAACUCCUGCAUUCUAAAGGACUUCAGAUUGUUGACGGUGAUGUUAAUGACGUCAGAAUUGUUGGUACCAUCGCCAUUUUAGUCAUGUGCAUCACAUGUGCUGUGGGAAUGGAAUGGGAAUCAAAGGCACAAAACGUCCUCACUAUCAUCAUUGUUGCCGCAAUAAUUGAUUUUAUUGUUGGUGCAAUCAUCGGUCCAAGGAGCGUCCUGCAACUAGCCCAAGGAUUCGUCGGGUUUAACUUGACUGUUAUGCAGCAAAACUUGGGCCCCGGCUACAGGUUCAGCGAGAAUGUGAAUCAGGACUUCUUCUCAGUGUUCUCUAUUUUUUUCCCAUCCGUCACUGGCAUUCAGGCCGGAGCCAAUAUUUCGGGAGAUCUCAAGGAUCCUUCGAAAGCCAUCCCAAAGGGUACAAUGCUGGCUCUGCUCAUCUCUAUGGCAUCCUACGUAGUCUUUGUCUUGUUUGCUGGAGCCACCGCUGCCAGGGAUGCCAGUGGGAUUGUGGGAGAUGUAGGCAGUGGCAUUGAAUUCCACUGUUUUCCUGACAGGAACUGUGAGUGGGGACUCAUGAAUAGUUACUCUAUGAUGCAGGUUGUGUCAAUCUGGGGACCUCUGAUUUACGCCGGCUGCUUUGCGGCAACUCUGUCUACUGCUCUGACCAACCUCUUAUCAGUGCCAAGACUAAUCCAGGCACUUGGCAUCGACAGAAUAUAUCCAGGGCUUAUAUUUUUCUCAAAGGGUUACGGCAGGUCUGGUGAACCAUACCGAGGAUAUGUCCUUACAUUUCUCAUCUCCACAGCCUUCCUCCUCAUAGCCCAGCUGAAUGUGAUCGCUCCCCUAAUAUCCAACUUUUAUCUGGCAUCGUACGCUCUCAUAAACUUCUGUACAUUCCAUGCAGCCCUCGUCAAACCACUCGGGUGGAGGCCGGAAUUCAAGUACUACAACGUGUGGCUGAGUCUCUUUGGCUUCAUACUGUGUGUUGCCAUUAUGUUUCUUAUCUCCUGGGUCACGUCUCUUAUCACAUUCUUCGUUGUUUUCGCCCUCUAUCUGCUUGUUGUGUAUCGAAAACCAGACGUCAACUGGGGAUCAUCGACUCAAGCGCAGACCUACAAGAGCGCAUUAACUUCGGUCCACAAGUUGGUAAACGUACACGAUCAUGUGAAGAAUUACGAGCCGCAAAUUCUCGUCCUGUCUGGUAAGCCUCAGGACAGGCCCCCUCUUGUGGAUCUCGCACACCUCAUCACCAAAAACAGCGCACUGAUGGUGUGCGGACAAGUGUCGGAGGAAAGACUGUCGCAUCGGGCUCGGAUGAACCUUACCCUUAAGAGCUAUGGCUGGCUGCAUGCUAACAAAAUCAAGGCCUUUUAUGCCCUAGUGGAUGACAUUAAGUUCGAAGUAGGUGCCAGGGCUCUACUUCAGGCAUCGGGGCUCGGGAAGCUGAAGCCGAACAUUCUGAUGAUGGGGUACAAGAACGACUGGACAUCAUGCACUGCUGAGGACUUAGAAGAAUAUUUCACUAUCCUACACGACGCUUUCGACAACCGAAUGGCUGUUGCAAUACUGCGUCUUCCUGAUGGACAAGAUUAUUCCAAAUUCGUGGAUGAAUCGGAGCCCCACGCUUACGUCAACGGCGGAUUCAGUCUCGCAACUUCUAGCCAGGAUCUGACAGUGAACGAUCAAUCUGGUUUCAUGCGCAUUGACUCAGAUGUGAGCAUUUCGCAAAUGGGGAACCAGUCGUCAGAUCUCUCACUGUCUGUAAUCGGGUCCGCAGAGAACUCGCUGACCAACAGCCCGAAACCUUUCCGGCGGUACCUAAACACAAGCAAGUCUGAUACGCUCAGCCCUUUAUCCAUACUGAAACAGAAGAAGAAGGCUCGAGCUGAACAAGUGGGUCUGCAGGUGCCCGUUAGUCGCGAGCUUCACAACAUGACCCUGUUCCGAGAUAAACAGUCAGAAGGGAACAUUGACGUAUGGUGGCUUUAUGAUGACGGAGGCCUCACAAUCCUGCUGCCGUACAUCAUCAGCACACGAAGCACCUGGGUCAGCUGCAGGCUACGUGUCUUCGCUUUAGUGAACCGCCAGAGUGAGGCAGAGCUUGAGGAGCGCAAUAUGGCCAGCCUGCUGUCAAAAUUCCGCAUCGAUUAUCAAAGUCUCAAGAUGGUGUCGGGUAUCACUGAGAAGCCGAAGAAAGAAACCGUCAACUUCUUCAAUAACCUGUUGCAGGGAUCAUGUGACGGAGAUGAGGCGCGUGUUAGCAAAGAGGAGUUGACAACAAUGCAACAGAAGACUUACAGGCAACUGAGACUCAGAGAGUUGCUGCUAGAGAACUCCCGUGACUCCAGGCUCGUUGUCAUGUCUCUUCCAAUGCCACGUAAGGGCACGGUAUCAGCAUCCCUCUACAUGGCCUGGCUAGAAGCUCUCACUAAGGACUUGCCACCCUCCCUCUUGGUCCGAGGAAAUCACACGUCAGUUCUUACUUUCUACUCCUGAACAUGCAACAGAGAUAAUACAUUACACCCUAAUUACACUGGGCUCUUCACGACACUCGGAGUUUGCCCAGAACGAUGUUUUUAGUGAGCAUGCCUCGGCGUGUAGAUGCAUUUAUCGGCUGGCCUUGCAUGCGUGGAAAAGUAUGCCAGGAGACUACGGUCAAGCUAGAAACAGUCGAAAGAAUUCUUUUGAAAAGUGUCCAUUCGAAAAUGACUAAUUUGUGUAAAGACGAUAUUUUGAUAUAAAGUAUGAAUGAUAUCACCAACAUAUCUAUCAGUCAUCAUGAAGUGUUUCAAAGUACGUGUGAAUCCACAGGAUGUUUGCGAGUUUUUUCACUCGUUUCCUUUAAGAUACUUGAAGACUUUCACGGAAAUGCGAAACUUGCAUAUGGACAUUUGUCUCCGUAAUCUUAUGAAAUGCAACUACAACGUCAAAGGGGUGGAAUGAACUUGCAAGACAGUGUGGCUGAAGGAAAAUGGAGAAUGGUAGGCCAGACUCCCUCAUGUUUUCACACUACGAACCAGACGACGAGUCGAAGAUUAAGGUUUUUGUUACGUCUAACAGCAUUCUGCCGCCAGAUAUACAUAUACUGAUACAUUUCGUAUAACCGAAGGAACUAAAUGUAAUUGAACAAAAAUGAUAUCGAAAUGUAUUUACUCUCAAAUAAUAAUGUUUACAUGUACGCA